AUAGGUAAAAUUAAUAUACUAUACUUCCUUUUAAUUCUUUCUUUCUAGUACCCAACUUAAUUAAUUAUUUAAUUAUCUUUAAUUAGUGAUUGAUUUAUGUUUUUAUUUAUCCCGAGGUAGAUUAGAGAAUUGAAACAAUAUUCAGUUUUUGGGUUGAUUUUCUAAAAAAAACUCGCAUGUGAUUCAACACCGAAGAAUUAAAAAAAGUUGAUUUUAGGAUGAAAUAAAACUCUCGGGUUUGUGUGCAACCAACUUUUUACUUAUUUAGGCUUUUUUGUGUACAAGUCCAAAUUUAUCUGAUUUCAAGUCAAAUGUUUGGGAUUAGUUCAAAACUGGUCCUUGUGUGAGUGUGUCUACAUUUACAUAAUUUUAAAUUCAUUUUUAUGUGGAUUUAAAGUUAUAUUCAAUUACAAAUUCCAAUAAAUAUUAAGUUAAGUGGAUUUUAAACAUCUUUAUUUACAUGUAAAAGGUCAUUCAACCAAUAAGCGAACUAAUUGACAUUUGAUUAUACUAAUAUAUAUAUCCUUAGUUAUUGGUUCAUGUCUCUUUUUGCCUUAUAAACAUCACUUAUCCCCCACUAUCUCUUCUCUCUUCUUCCUCCUCCUCCUCUAUUUAUCUCUUUAUUUUCCAGGAAUAAUUUAAUAAAAAUGAAAAUGGUGGAGAAAAUGGUGGAAUUCAAGCCGGAGAAAAUGAUAAAAGAAUUUGAAGAAAUAAGCAAAAAUGCAGGAAAAAUACAAGAAGAAACAUUGAAAAAAAUACUAGAAGAAAAUAGAGAAAGUGAGUACUUAAAAGAAGUAGGGCUAAAUGGAAGGACAGAUGCCCAGAGUUUUAAGCAAUGUGUUCCUCUUGUGACUCACAAAGAUUUGGAGCCUUAUAUUCAAAGGAUCAUGGAUGGUGAUUCUUCCCCUAUCCUUACUCGCAAUCCUAUCCCCACUUUUUCUCUUAGCUCUGGAACAACUCAAGGAAAGCGCAAAUUUAUACCUUUCAACGAUGAACUCUUUGAAAACACUAUGCAAAUCCAGCUCACUUCAUUUGCUUAUAGAAACAGAGAAUACCCCGUUGAGAAGGCAGGAAAAGCACUGGUUUUCCUAUAUAGUAGCAAACAAUUCAUAACAAAAGGAGGUCUUCCUGCAGGAACUGCAACAACAAAUGUAUUUCGUCAUAGAAAUUACAAAGAAUUAAUGAAAGGAUUACAAUUCCGAAGUUGUAGUCCUGAAGAAGUUAUAUGUGGGCCUGAUUUUCAUGAAGCGCUAUAUUGUCAUCUUCUAUGUGCUUUACUUUACCACAAUGAAGUCCAAUUCAUUUCCUCAACAUUUGCUCAUAGCAUUGUUCAAGGGUUUCAAACCUUUGAACUUAUUUGGGAAGAUCUUUGUACCGAUAUCCGUUUUGGAAUAUUGAAUGAGAGAGUUACCGACCCAUCUAUUCGAGCAGCAAUCUCCAAAAUCUUGAGUCCUAAUCCGACUUUAGCUGAUAUUAUUCAUGAUAAAUGUUCAGGUUUAAGUAAAUGGUAUGGUUUAAUACCUGAGCUUUUCCCAAAUGCUAAGUAUGUUUAUGGGAUCAUGACGGGCGCUAUGGAGCCUUAUGUGAAACAAUUGAGGAAGUAUGCUGGUUGGUUGCCUUUGAUUUGUGGUGAUUAUGGCUCAUCCGAGGGAUGGGUCGCGGCUAAUGUCAACCCUAGCUUGCCCCCUGAAUCCGCUACCUUUGCUGUUCUUCCUGAUAUUGGGUAUUUUGAAUUCAUUCCAUUAGACGAUGUUACCAAGCAAUCUGAACCUAAACCUUUGGGACUUAUCGAGGUUAAAAUUGGUGAAACUUAUGAAAUCGUUAUUACUACCUUUGGAGGUUUAUAUCGUUACAGGCUAGGAGACGCAGUAAAAGUAAUGGGCUUUCAUAACUCGACACCAGAGCUAAAAUUCGUGUGUCGACAAAACCUAAUGUUAAGCAUCAACAUCGACAAGAACACGGAGAAAGAUCUACAACUCUCGGUCGAAGAAGCAUCUAAAAUCCUAGUAGCCGAGAAAAUAGAGCUAAUAGAUUUCACUAGCAAUGUGGAACUAAGCAAACAACCGGGCCAUUACGUAAUAUUUUGGGAACUAAGUAGUGAACCCGAUGGAAAUGUUCUACAAGAAUGUUGCAAUUGUUUGGACAGAUCUUUUCUUGAUGCAGGGUACGUGAGCUCGCGCAAGGUCGGCAUGAUCGGGCCCCUCGAGCUCCGAAUUGUGAGGAAAGGAACCUUCUACAAGGUUAUGUCAUAUUGCUUAAACAUGGGGAAUACUCUUAAUCAGUUUAAGACACCAAGGUUUAUUGGGUCUAAUAACAAAGUAUUGUCAAUUGUGUCUAGUAAUGUUGCUAAUUGUUACUUUAGUACUGCUUAUUAGUUAUGUAUAGAGCAUGUUGAUUGGGCGGGCGGGCCGGCCCAUUGGGUUGCGGGUUUGGAUAAUUUAAGCGGGUUAAUAGCGGGUUGGCCCAUUGAUUGUGUAUUAUGUUUGUUAAUUUGGUAUCUUUAUGUGGUGGUGAUUGUUAGUUUCAUGUUGAAAUCAAUGAGAAUUUGGAAGUUCUACUAAUAAUAAUCUUCCAUAUUCUUUUUAAUUCUUAGUUUCUUAAAACCAUGUUUUUGGUUUCAUUUUUAUCAAAUAAUUAAUUUUACAUUACUAAUUCUAGCCGAAUU